AUGGGGAGAUCACCGUGUUGCGAUCAAGACAGAGGCGUGAAGAAAGGACCAUGGAUACCCGAAGAGGAUGACAAGCUCACCGGUUAUAUAAAUAAAAACGGUUAUGGGAGCUGGCGGUCGCUUCCAAAGCUCGCUGGACUUAACCGUUGCGGUAAGAGCUGUCGUCUCAGGUGGAUGAAUUAUCUCCGGCCUGAUAUCCGGCGAGGCGAGUUCUCCGACGAAGAAGAGAGUACUAUCGUUAGACUCCAUGCCCUUCUUGGCAACAAAUGGUCGAAGAUUGCCAGCCAUCUUCCAGGAAGAACCGAUAACGAAAUAAAAAACUAUUGGAACACUCAUAUGAGGAAGAAGAUGUUGCAAAUGGGAAUCGAUCCAGCCACGCACGAGCCAAGAACAAAUGAUCUUAGCAAUAUCCUCGACGUUUCUCAAAUGCUAGCGGCAUCUUUUAGUAAUGGCCAAUUUGGUAACAGUAACCUCUUCAACAACAACACUGUUUUGGAAGAUUUUCUCAAACUCCAAUUGAUCCAUAAAAUGCUUCAAAUCAUAACCCCCAAAGCCUUACCAAAUAUCAAUAGCUUCAGUACCAACUCAUUGAUUCCUAAACCAGGGCCGGUAGUCAAUGAUUUCAAUACAAAUCCAGUGAACCCUAAACCGGAGCCGGGAGGUGGACAACUGAAUGCUACUGAUCCACAGGUUUUCAUAAACCAAAGUGAAAAUGAAGGUUUCAUGCCAUCUUUUGGAGAUGAUUGGGAUGAAUUUGAAGAUAACCAGCUUCCUGGUUUAGUUACGGUUUCUCAGGAGAACUUGAAAUCAGCUAAACCGGGUAUCACCACUGAGGUAAAUUAUCUAAGCGGAACUGGUAUGAUGCCAGGCUAUUAUGGUGACCAAUUACGUGUAAUCCCAUCUACUGGUUCGAUAUCGGUUUCUCCUGAAACAUCCGGCUUGAACUAUCCCAGUAUGACUCAAGACUCAUCCGCUUCAGAUGUCCUAGAGGACUUGGAGAAGUUCCUUGAUGAUGAAACUAGUGACUCUUGCUGGAAAAGUUUCUUAGAGUAA